CGACGAUCGAUUGGGUGGAUGCUCGCCCUGCGAUAUGGCAUCGGUCAACACCUUCGACGCCAGAUACCCGCUCUCUGCACUCGGACCCUUAGACCCCAUCGCAUAGCGGGAAUUAACACAAAGAAAAUGUCUGAAGAAACGAACGCUGUCAAGCUUCACAAGGACCCCGUCACCGGGGAAAUGAUAUCCAAAACCGAGCUCAAGCGUCGCGAGAAGCAACGCGAUAAGGAGGCAAAGAAGGUCGAGAAGGCCGCCGCAUCCCCGCAGCCCCCUUCCAAUCCGUCGCAGAACGAGGACGACCUUAACCCGAACCAAUAUUUUGAGCUGCGCUCGCGGGCCAUUUUAAAACUCAAGGAGACGCAGUCGCCGAAUCCUUAUCCCCACAAAUUCGAUGUUACCAAGUCCAUCACCGCCUUCAUUGAAGAAUACGGCGCCGAGGGUCGCAUCGGCCCCGGCGAGAAGCUUGAUGUUACCGUUGCACUUGCCGGACGUAUUCGUACUGUCCGCAACAGCGGCCCAAAGCUUAGGUUUUACGAUUUACACGGCGAGGGCGCACGCGUCCAAAUUCUUGCCAACGCCAAGGAUGCAGACAACCCAGAAGAAUUCGUGGAAACACACAACAUCUUCCGCCGAGGAGACGUUGUCGGCGUCGUCGGUAAUCCCUCCCGCAGCCAGAAAGGCGAACUUUCCAUCUCGCCCUUCCGAAUGGUCCUCCUCGCACCGAAUCUCCAUCAACUUCCAUCCGGCCAUUUCGGGCUCAAGGACCAAGAAACACGCUACCGCAAGCGUUACCUUGACUUGAUCGUAUCAGAGGAUACCCGCCGCAUCUUCAUCACUCGCGCCAAGGUAAUCAGCUAUAUCCGUAAUUAUCUCAACAGUCUUGGAUUUCUGGAAGUCGAGACACCCAUGAUGAGCAUGAUCGCGGAGCUCUACUUGAAGGAGCUCACCGUCGGUGGGUUUGAUCGCGUGUUCGAGAUCGGCCGUGUGUUUCGAAACGAGGGUAUCGAUCUCACCCAUAAUCCCGAGUUCACGAUCUGCGAAUUCUAUAUGGCGUACGCAGACAUGUACGACCUGAUGGAAAUCACCGAGAACAUGGUCGAAGGCAUGGUGAAGUUUCUCAACAACGGGAGCACCAUUGUCAAUACCGUCAUGGACUUUGAGGCACCUUGGCCGAGGUAUGAUAUGAUUACGACGUUGGAGGAAAAAACUGGUGUCAAGUUCCCACCUGCCGAUACUUUACACACGGAAGAAACCAACAAAUUCCUUCGGGACCUUUGCCAAAAGCACAACGUCGAGUGUGGAGAGCCCCGCACCAAUGCAAGGUUGCUUGAUAAGCUUGUCGGUGAAUUCAUCGAACCGCUUUGCAUUUCCCCAGCAUUUAUCGUGGGCCAUCCUCAAGUCAUGUCUCCACUUGCCAAGUGGCAUCGCUCGCGCCCUGGUCUCUGCGAGCGCUUCGAAGGGUUCAUGUGCGGUAAAGAAUUCUGCAAUGCCUACACGGAACUGAACGACCCCUUCGAACAACGCCUUCGCUUUGAGGAGCAGUUCAGGCAGAAGGAACAAGGCGAUGAUGAGGCUCAGCCCAUCGAUGAAACAUUCGUCAAUGCGCUCGAGCACGGUCUCCCACCCACCGGUGGAUGGGGAAUGGGUAUCGACCGCCUCGUGAUGUUUCUUACUGACUCACCGAAUAUCAAGGAAGUUUUGCUUUUCCCUGCAAUGAAGCCUAUCGAGAAUGCACCCAACGUUUCUGCUGCUGCACCCGUACACACCCUAGCAGCAGCAUCUGGGCAAGUAUGAGGAUUCGGCAGAGAAAAAAGAGAACCGAGCGUUGAAGCUCCAUCUUAGUUCACUUCGUUACUUCGUUGAUAAUGGCAACCUGCGGAUGAACCAAUCGUGGCUCUUCACUGGCGCUUGUCACU